CCGCAGUACCGCGCGCUGCUGACCAGUCACCAGUACUGGUCUAGAAGACAACGCGUUCGGUUGACGGUUUGUCCAAUAAACAUUUUUUCCUCGUAUUGGGUAUUAUUAAUAUUGUUCUCUAAGUGCGAGUGUAUACAAAUAUUUUAUAAGUUAUUCGAUCAAUAAAUUUGUGCUUUGACUAUAUUUAGUUUUAUUGUAAUACGUGUAUAAUGGUGACUUCACGCAUAGCAUUAGAAGGGCUUUUGCAAAAUCGACUGACUACAGACAUUUGCAAAAACACGUUAAGGAUGCAAGGAAACACAGCGGAAUUGUUCCAUUUAUACGCGGGAAAACAUCACGCAGACGACACGUCGUCGUCGUCGUGCGGCGCAGAGACGAUGACCACCGUGACAAUCAAACGGGAAGCGCAUACACCGACCACCGACCAGAGCGAAGAUUCCGGCGUGGACGUGUCGGCGGCGGCUGAUGGCCACGACAGUCACGCGCCGUUCAAACGAAAACUGUUGGACGAUUCCGAUGACGGAGAUGGGUGUCCAACGGCAGCCAAGUUCAGCAGGACGGCCGACGCCACCGCGGCCAGCGUGCUGCGGUCGAUCAACAUAGACGCCUGUCCCCCGUUCCGGCCGUGGAGCUGCAACGAGGAGUCGUCGUCGGAAGUGGGCCUCCGGCUGUUCCACGACAUACGCAACGUGGACAGGAUACUGACGCUGACGCAACAACGCCGCGGCGAACAGUCCCCGCUGCCGCCCCCGCCGGAACCGCAACCCUUGGAUCUGACCAAAGCGGGCCAUCGCGCUGGGGCGAGGCCAGUGGACUCCGCGGACGCAACCGCGAACGCGACCCCCGUAGACGCCGAUAAUGCCGCCAGGUACGCGGCACCGUCGACGGCGGCGUCGUUCCCCUGUGCGGUCGCGGAGACCGCGGCGGCCACCGGCGCAUCGACCACCGCGACCACGACCAGGUACAGCAAAAACAUGUCCCGGGCUCGGCGGAUCGAGGCCAACGCCCGAGAGAGGUCUCGGGUGCACACCAUCAGCGCGGCAUUCGACACGCUCAGAGCCACCAUACCGUCGUACUCUCGAAAUCAGAAGUUGUCCAAACUGUCGACGAUCCGAAUUGCCAGUGCUUACAUACUGACGCUGUCCCGACUACUGGACAUGGACUACAGCGCGGAGCACGACAGCCCGUCCGUGGCCGAGUGCGUGGACAAUGUCACCGGAAUCAUACACAUGGAGGGCAAGACGAGAAAGAGAAAAGAUGAUCAGUAAUAACUAUAUUAUAACAAUAAUAACGACGAGGCUAAUAUUACCGCGUAAUCGUAAAUCAUAUAUUUUCAUAAACAUUAUUAUAAGUAAUAAAUAUUAUAUGUUAUAUAUUUUUUUACCGUGGUCGAUUAAGAUGAUGUUAUUUAAGAUGACGGUCGCCGAGUUCAUCGUACGUAAACCGUUUCCGUUUACUGACAAAUCAAAAACAAACGAAGUUUUCGAUUAGUACCUAAUGUAUACGAUAUUAUAUUUUAAUAUUAUCGUUUUGGAAAUGUUACUUUUACAUGAUAAAAUCUCGUAACCAUUUUCGACCGCCCAACUCUGCAAGUAUUGUUGGCGUAUACCAUCGUUCGGUCACAGACCGUAUAAUACAUUGUUUUGAGUUCGAAAGCGUUGACGAGAAGAGUUGUAAUAAUCACAACUUCUAGUCAAAGCACACAGCGUGAAGACUUCUUAACGAGAAAAAGAAAGAGAGAGAGGGGAAACGUAUAAUUUAAAUCCCUAUCGUUUAAUAUUGUUUUAUCAUGCAUUAUAUAUAUUAUAUUUAAUAUUAUAAUCGCGUUGAAGCGAAAUUUGGAAACAAUUCUAAGGCAGCGAUGACAGAUCACUCCUAACCCCCUGGAUACGGUGAACGUCGCUCCAGUACACACAGCGCACCUUUUUCACCCUCGAAGAUCAUACAAGCCAGACUCUCGUGAUCCACAUGUUAAAACACAUGGCCAGCACUUGUCGCGUAAAUACAAGACUGUAAUAUAUUAUAUUGUUAUUACGGCGACGAGUACGUAGCGCUUGUGUAUUGUAUAUGCGUUGACCUAUAAAAACAAUACUUCUACUGUACACAAUAAUAUACAAUAUAUAUACACAUUAAUAUAUUAUUAUAUGUUGUGUAUUCAUAUUAUUAUGUAUUUAUAAAUAAUCUUUUAUUGCACGCACACCGAAACACGACAUAUUUUUGUAACAGUUAAAAUAAGCGUGGUGUACGGAUGCAUAUUACUAUAUAUUAUAUUGACAUAUUAUUAAUCUUAUUUAUUAUUGUAUAUUUCAAUAAUAUACUAUGUAAAGUUUAUAAUUGUAUACACAUUCCGUAAAAAUUAACUCGCGUAUCGUCGUAUAAAACAUCAACUGUUAAAUUAUUAUAAUAUUAACGUCGACACGUUGUUGAUAACGCAUAUUAUACUAAAAUAAUUAUAUAUUAUGUACGCUAGCUAGGUAUUAUUUUAAGUAUCAAUCGUCCGCUUUACUACCCUAUUGCCAGCGUUGAUCACUGCAGUCGCGGCCACAAAGCGGUAUAAUCUAUAACGUUACUACACCCUGCUAGUGUGCCCACUCACUAUUAUAUUAUUAUAUUAUAUCCUAUUUUUAUUUUUUCGUUUUGUUAUUUAUACAUAAUCACGUAUACUAGUCAAUUAUUAUUUAUAUCGA